AUGAAGUUCCUCGCCGCCAUCAUCCUGCUCGUCGCCGCCGGCGUCACCGCCGACGACAAGAACUGCGAGGCCGAGUACAUUGUCAGCCGCUGCCUCAAGACCGAAACCGACAAGGUCGGCGCCUGUGCCACCACAGACUAUGACUGCCUCUGCGCCGCCUACCAGGCCGUUGCCACCUGCUACAACAACUGCCCCAACGACGACCGCGCCCCCGCCGCGCGCAGCCAAGUCACCGCCAACUGCCGCAACGUCACCACCACCACGGCCACGCGCCUCGCCACCGCCUCCUCGUCCUCGUCUGGCGCCUCCUCGAGCGCCGGCGUCGCCACCAACCUCAACGCGCCGCCCCCGACGAGCGCCGGCUUCGUCGCGGGCAGCGCCACACCCACGGGCGGCUCCUCGGCCGGUGCUGUGCAAAAGGUGGGCAGCCUGGCCGUGGCUGCCGGCAUCGCUGGCGCUCUUGCCAUGCUGUAA